AUGGCGGAUAGAUUAACCCAAUUACAGAUAUGUCUAGACCAACUAGUAGAGCAAUUCAAUGCAACUGUAAAUUAUGUAAAUGCAAAUGCUGAACCAGCACUAUUGGAUGAUGACCCAACAUCAGUUUCAAAUAUGGCAGCAAAAGCACCAGUACCAGGUCAACAACAACAACAGCAACAACAGCAACAGCCCCAAGCACAAAACCAACAAUCACAAUCCCAUUCUCAGAUGUCUCCCAAUGAAGGUAGUGGUGGUGGUGGUGGUGGUAGUGCUCAAGAUAAUAGUAAUAAUGCGAGUAAUAAAGCGUCCAAUAUGCCUUCAGUACUUCCAAACAAUCAACAUCCUGAACAACAACAUGACUUUGAGAACACCAUUAAUGAAUUAAGUACUGAUAUUAUACUAAAAUCAAGACAAAUAAGCAUGUUGAUAGAUUCACUUCCUGGAAUAGGUGUAUCACCAGAAUCUCAAUUACAAUUAAUGCAAGAUUUAAGUAAUGAAUUAAAAGAAAUUGAAUUACAAAGGAUUAAAAAGAUUGAAGAAAAAGACAAACUUUUGAAAUGGUGUGAAGAAUUAAUUGCAGAAAUGGCUACAGGAAUAUCAGAAUCAAGAAGAUAA